UUCUGAGGGGCGGAGCUGGAGCGCUAGAGCUGCGCAGGUUACUUACCAUCACAGAAUUUUUUAUUCAGUUUUCCCCGAGGCUUAGGACUGGAAGCAACUACAGAAUACAGCGAGAAACGUGAAUGUUGAGUUAGGUGGCGUCGUGCAGUAUCAACAUGGGGAUGUUACUCCGGUUUGUCAGCAGCUGGUUCCCAAUGAAGGUGUUGACAGCGACGCUGCUGCUUCUCUGUGCUGGCCUCUUAAUUUCUUGGAAUAUGGAAUAUAAGAACAUCGAGUGGAAUGCGAAGAACGCCAAGACACGAAGUGACAUCUUACUGCAGCAAGUAAGGGAGACCUGCGCCACGAUGCGAUUCCCAAACACGCUGGCCAACACCGCUAUUCGCCACAUGGUUUACGACGACAAGAGGAAGGUGAUCUAUUGCUUCAUUCCCAAGGUGGCGAGCACGAGCUGGAAAAGAGUGUUCCUGCUACUGACACAAGAACCCAAACGAAACGUGUCCAAAAUGAGCAGGCAAGCCGUACAUGGUAGCCUUCCAUUUCUCUCCUCCGACAUGAAUAAGGAAGAGAAACUGAGAACGUACAAGAAGUUUAUGGUGGUGCGUCAUCCUUUCGAGCGGAUUCUGUCAGCUUACAGGGACAAGCUAGAGGACUGGGAGCUUGCUGAUGGCGCAUUCCCUAGAAAGGUCAAGAAACGAAUAGAGAGGUACAGGGACAACCCAAACAAGAAGCCGGACGACAACAUCACCUUCACGGAGUUCAUUCGCUUCAUCUCCGAGCCAGGAAAAGUCGUUCCGGAGCAGCGAGAUGAACACUGGUUACCGAUGCAUGAAUUAUGUCAUCCUUGCUCUGUUCAAUAUGACUUCAUCAGCAAGUAUGAAAACCUGCAAGAGGACUCUGACUACCUACUCAACUGGAUGGACGCGACAGAUCCGAAGUACAAGUUUCCUCGACCAUCCAGAGCCUUCCACGCCAACCGCUACGACCCAAAAUACUUCGGGAAGCUCAGCCACGAGGAAAUUAAGGCCUUCUACGCUAAAUACAUGCCAGACUUCCUCCUAUUCAACUACGAUUUCCUGUGAUCUCUUUAAGGCUUAAUUAAUCAAUAUGUCAUGUCAUUAGGUGUGAGGAGAUGGUGGUGGUGCAGGUCGCUAGUGCCUUCGUAGUAACGGCCAUAUUCAGAAAUGCCUUGCUUUCUCACCACGGCAAUUUUUCAAGUCCCCAUAGACAACUAGCCGGGUUUCAAGACAGUUUCUCCUUAUGAUCAACUAGAAAUUUUGCUAAUCCAUCACCGGAACCAUAAAAACACCCUUAAAAACGUGACAAUCUCAACUAAACCUUUUAGAAAUAGUCGUCGUGAGAGAGCAAUGCGUUUUCUGAAUACGGGCGUGAAUGUUGUGCUCAAGUAGGAACAUACAAAGCAAUGAAAAGGAAAACAAACUAUCAGGAUGCUCGAUGACGGAAUUAUGAAUGUAAAUGUGAUAAGUUUCCACGACAGGAAGAUUUUAUGGGACUGAGUUUGAUUCUCGUUUACCUUAGAUAAAAAGAGUUUCUGAGGUUGUUCAGUAAAGCCCUGUUCCCACAUUCUUGAAUUUGGAUGUCGCACACACAAUCUGUCCCUCCAUUUGAUAGGUGUUCUGUGCACAAAUAUCACGCCAAUGGGGGGGGGGGUCAUGGGCAUGGAUCAGUAUUGCGAAUGGUGAAUAUGUAAAAUGUUAUCAUGAAAAAGGUAAUUUGUUGAAGGAAAUAAGCACUCUCUAAAAAGGAUACAGUUUGUCGUGUGACAAAGAGAGAAAACUAAGAAAUCAGUAGCAGGAAGAGACCUGAGAAUGGAGAGACUCUUUAUCAGAAAGUAGCAGCGGACGAGUUUUUCAAACUGAAUAUUGAGAGAAUAUUGAUUCCUGUUAUAAAAUUGACAUUCAUGUUCCAUGGACAAGUAUUAUAUAAAUUACUGAAUAGUGAGUUCUUUAAAGAGAUACAAAGUGACAUCAAACAACUGUUAAAGAUACGUAAGAUAUUAUGCAACCAAAACUUAUAAUUGUUGAAUAUUUGUAACAAGUGUAAAUAAUAUUAAUUAGGUAAAUGUUAAUAACUGAUAGAGUAUUGUUCAUAAUGUCUUCAGAUCCGUGCAACAUCCCGGUCACGACACGCAGGUAAGGAAUUCACUGUACCAUGCAUCACAUGACAAAGGAAACUACGCUUUGGGAAUAAAUUUUAAACUAUAUGGCACUUGAAUUCUGAGGAGUACUGAGACGUUAUGGGAAAUUCUGCAGCCACUCAAGCCACUACUUUCCCACUUGUACACUUGUACAUUGGUGUAUUUGGAUAUGACAAUAAACUGUCCCUGAAUUUUAGUUAAAAAGCAAAGAUCUGUCGGUUGGCAAGAAAGCAAUCUCGUAAAACUCAAAGAAUCUCUUCAGCAUUUCAUAUUCUCUUGAAGCAUGUAAUGAAAUGUGUUACUCUGAAGAACAGUAAAGAUUGUAUAAACACUGCAAUUUACAAUACAAUUCAGUAGUAAACAACAUAGUGUUUACUACUGAAUAGCAAUUAUACUGGUGAAGUCACGAAAGAAGACAAUAAUAGCACUCACAAGUGACGAGUUGGUUGAAUGCUAAGUUAGCCAUCGUAUAAAAUAAAUGAAUAAAUAAAAAAAAUGUUGGAUA